AAUCUCUUGGGUGAUUUGCUUGCUUUUUGGCGAAUGAUGGAAAAACGUAAAACGGCGGGAUUGCUGGCCUUGCCGUACCCGCUGCGCACCGCGCCCCUGGGCAUGGCGGGGACGCUGUCCCGACUCCCGGCGAGGGACCCCUUCAGGGUCUCCUUGCGCUUGGGUGCCACGUGCUGGGAGCGGGAGCACCGGGGCUGCUCACGGAGACGGCAGUACUUGCCCCUACCGCCGGACGGCGCCUUCGAGCCUGCCUUCCUCCGCAAGCGCAACGAGCGCGAGCGGCAGCGGGUGCGCUGCGUGAACGAGGGGUACGCGCGCCUCCGGGACCACCUGCCCCGGGAGCUGGCCGACAGGCGCCUCAGCAAAGUGGAGACGCUCCGUGCUGCCAUCGGCUACAUCAAGCACCUCCAGGAGCUGCUGGAGCGCCAUGCCCGGUGCCCCGAGCGCCCGGCCGGCGUUGUCCCCCAGCGCAGGGCGGAUUGCAACAGCGACGGCGAGUCCAAAGCGUCUUCGGAGCCUUCUCCCGGCAGCGAGCCCGAGGAGCGGGGCAGCUAG